CAACAGAUCUGAACGCUCUGAGUGGAGACGCGUUCAGGACGCACGGAGUUCCGCGCUCGGUACAGACUCCAAGAAGUGGAAAGAUCUCCUUCUGCACUCUCCAAGUCUUCGGACCUGAAGUGGAUCUUAUCUUUAUCCCAUAAAUCUUUUUGUAUCGAGGAAUCAGAUUUUAAAUAACUUUUUUAAAAGUUAAAACAUGCAUCGGUGCGCCGUGGUGCUACUUCUGUUGGUGGUGUCCUUAUAUUUAAUGAACACAGAAGCGUACAAGUGCAGGUGCACCAGAAAAGGACCAAAGAUCAGAUACAAGGAUGUGCAGAAGCUGGAGAUCAAACCCAAACACCCCUACUGCCAGGAGAAGAUGAUUUUUGUGACGAUGGAGAAUGUGUCUCGAUUCAAAGGUCAGGAGUACUGUCUUCAUCCCAAACUUCAGAGCACAAAGAAUCUGGUGAAAUGGUUCCGCAUCUGGAAGGACAAGCACAGGGUGUACGAGGCCUAAAGCACUGGCUUGACCAAACACGUGGAUCAAACAUGACGUCAGCGGGACUGUCUCGUGAAGUACACGAUCUGAUCUACAGUGAUGCGGUUCUUCUUCAGAUACCCUUAAAACACACAAUGAGUUAUUUCUAUUUUGUAUAUAAUAUGAUGGGCAUCAGUUUAGUUACAUCACUCACAUGUCCAGUUUUUACAGUAACCGGCUGUUUGUCAGAAGAGGAGGACACAUCACCAUCUGUAAUCAAACAGCUGUAGGUUGGUUCAGGUGAUGCUUUAAAGGAACAUUUCCUUUGCUUUACCUCUUCUGGUUCCACAAAAUAGAAACUGUGUGUGAAAUUAUGGUGAGACAAACAAAUACUCAUUGGAAAAAUACAGAACUGUGGAUUCAGAAUACUUGUUUAUUUCUUCACUGUCAGUUUUUUGGGAGGCUGUUGCAACAACGUCAUUAAGAGUCUUUUUGUAGUUGUAGAAGAGAGUGUGAGAUGCAGACGCUGCUGUUAACACACUUUAGAGAAGACUCCCCAAUGCAUGUGUGUAUGUGUGUGCACGUGUGUGCAUAUGUGUAUGUGUGUGUGUGUGUGUGUGUGUGUGUGUGUGUGUGUGUGUGUGUGUGUGUGUGUUUCCACCAACUUCUUUGUUUCUCUCAUUCAAUCUGCGGGGUGUAGAUUCAAUAGAUAACAGAUAAUUACUACAUUUGUGCCAUGGCUACAUAGAACACCAUAUGUUUGUGAUAUUAAAUAUAUUAAGGAAGCAUUACUUCAUAAUAUAAACUUUUCUUAGUUUAUUUUUUAAUGCAUCUCUUGAAAUAAAUGUGUAAUAAAGCAAUAUUUCAUACAAACUCUA